GCCCGCCAUGCUGCGGCUCCUGCUCCCGCUGGCCGCCCUGGCCGCGCUCCUCCGGGCGGCGGGCUUUGGAGAAAUCUGAUUCACUACUGCGGGCAAGGAUAUCUGCUGAUACAUCAUCUACAGUUUUUGGGAGCACAGUUGCACCUGUUCCAGAGGGGAUUUUGCUGCUGCUGUAGCUUAUGUUGGUAGUACCUCUCGCAUUUGGCUUUGUUGACCCAAGGCAUCCCUUCAUAACUGCAUUAUUGACUACUGGAGACUUCUGCUGAAUAGAAGGGAACRGUCAGGAAGCAAAGAUGAUCUCCUUCAAGCAAUUACCCAUUGAAGCAAAGGCUGCAGUGGCUGCAGGAGUGGUUUUCUUCUCCAUGAUGCUAUCGCGGAGUUACCUGGCGGAAAAACUCGAUUUCAGGACACGGCGCUGGCUUCUAAGGCUGCAAAUGGCACUGUUUGCUAAUACACUCAUGUUGAUGGGAUCUCUUCAUGUUUGGAGAAGCACAGUCACCAUGUUCACCAGGUCUUCAGCUACCAGCUCCAUCUGUUUCAUGCUGUGGAAAAUAGCUGUGUUCAUGUUUCUWGCUUUGGCUCAUUCAAGCUUCUUUACAUUGCUGUUUCUUGUUGCAGAAGAGCCCUAUUUCUUUUCUUUAGCUGCCUACACUUGCCUSGGGGCCUAUAUUAUUCUCAUCUUUUUCCUCUUCACCCUAGGCUCUGUAGAGCAGGCUUACAAGUUCUUGGCUGGGAGAGGCACUAAGGCAGGCACUGGCAACAAGAACAGAACAGCACUGAAACCAGUUCUGGCAGUCUUGCUGACUGUUGUGCUGACCGUUGUUGGGCUGUUAAAUGCUUCCCAGCCUCCUACUGUGAAUUCAGUGGAGAUUCCAGUUCACAAGCUGCCCUCAACAAUGAAUAACCUGAAAGUGGUGUUGCUUUCAGAUAUCCACCUGGGGCCUACAGUUGGCAAGACCAAGCUUGCCAUGAUAGUGAGAAUGGUUAAAGCUCUAAAACCAGAUAUCACCGUGAUUGUUGGGGACCUGACCGAYGCUGAGGCAAAGAUCAUACGACCUGCUGUUGAGCCUCUUGGAGAACUUGAUUCCCCUUUGGGGACUUACUUUGUCACAGGAAACCAUGARUACUACACCUCAGAUGUUAGCAACUGGUUUGAGCUGUUAAAAUCAUUUAACAUUCAGCCAUUGCAUAACGAGAAUGUGAAGAUUGUUUCRCCAAAGAGCACUUCUGACUGGUUCUGCCUGGCUGGUGUGGAUGACAUUGAAGCAGAUGUGUUGCGCUACUCAGGACAUGGCAUGGAUCUGAAAAAAGCUCUCAGAGGUUGUAGCAGUGAGCAUGCAAUAGUGCUCUUAGCUCAUCAGCCAAUUGCUGCAAAGUGGGCCCUUCAGGAGCGUCCAGACAUUAAUCUAAUUCUCUCUGGCCAUACUCAYGGAGGGCAGAUUUUCCCUCUGAAUGCUGGAGCUUAUCUUCUCAAUCCGUUCUUUGUUGGCUUGUACAAAGUUGGGCAGAACACCUUUGUCUAUGUCAGCCCAGGGACGAUGUACUAUGGAAUACCCAUGAGGCUGGGCAGCAGAGCUGAAAUAACAGAGAUAAUUCUACGUUCUCCUUGAGGAGUUUUCCAUUUGACAGACURAUAAAUUAUUUUUUUUUUGGCCAGUAUAUUGGCUCUUCUACUACAAAAGCAAAUCCUUUGUCAGGGAAGCCAGAGAAGAUGUGUUGAGCUGAACUUCAGUAGGUUCUGUUAAGUCUGAGCAGAAAACACUAACUGUAUCUUGAGCCUAUGAAACAAAUUUGGGGCAUGUUAAACUACUAAAAAAAWUAGGUCUUUGAGUUUAUUAUCGAGAUUUUGCAUUUGAAGAUAACACUGRUGUCAUGGAGAUAAUGUGUGUCCUGUGCAUGUUAAAUAAUAUCUGUGUCCUGCAGCUAUUUCAUGUUUCGRUGUUUGCUAUCUAGCAGGCAGCUGCCUUAUCAAAUCUCAGGCAGGUGAACUUCUGAGCUUGUGCAGUGAGGUCACUUGAGCAUAUUUUGCAGAAAGGCCUGCAAGAGUGCCCACUGAGUGUGUAAACUCUAGAAGGCUCAUGCCAGAUUUGUUAUGGGAAAAGAAUAGUUUAUGGGGUUUUUUAAAUUGAGGCUUCAUAUCUUUAUCCUGCUGGCUGCAGCAUGCACCAGGGCUUCCAGUGUGUGCUUCUUACUAGUACAGUAAGCUGCCAGACAUCAGUUCUGAAGCUCAGUUUUGUCCAGUUAAAAWGACUGACACCAAAGGGUGAAGGUAGCUGUCUUUCUCAGGCGUUUUCCCCAGAAUAGCUGGGCAUGCACAAAUUACUUACUGAAAAUAGCUCUAAUAAAAACAAAUGAGAAAAAAUUAAAAAUUAAUUGCUGUCUGAGCAUACAAUACCUCCUGAUAUAAAGCACUAAUUCCAAAGCUGAAAUACUCAAUGUCUUUUGUCUUCAUUCUAUAUUUUGUUCUUUCUGCAUAAUUUCUCCUGUCAUUUUUCUCUUACAGAAUGACGUACCUGCUAUUUGAAAACAAUGCAAAUAGGUUAAUGCUUGAAAUUUGUUAAAGGCUYUAAUAUCUCAAGUAAAUGAUGUCCUCUUUUAAUGAGACUAAACUCUGCAGCAGGUGUCUUCCCUAAGAGCAUUUGUGUGUCAGUGUCCUGGUUGUCUGAUGGACACACAGCAGAGUAGCUGGUACAGGAUAAUGAGAGCURGAGGAUUUCUUCCUGUCUUUUAUAGAAAGUCUUAAUAUAAAUUAACAUAACUAUGGGAAAAUUGAGAUAUUAGAAAAUAUUGAUACAAACAUUCUUGUUUCUGUAUCUUUGUGUUCUCAUAACAAAGCCAGGAUGUAAAAUAAUGUGUGAAUUUUGUGCAGGCUGAUGAAACACUUUACUACUGCACAUCUUCCUCUCCUCCCUCACCACAUUGUUGCUGCAUUAAACAUACCAAACAAUUGGAGCCUGGGAAUGCUGCCUCUGUAGUCUGCAGCUGUAGCCACAGGCUUUCCCUUGCUCUGCCUUUCUGCCCAGUGGUACCCAGAUUUCUCUCAGGCAGACCCAUGUUCCAUGGGAUAAAAGAGCAGUUCUCACACAGGAAACUGAGGAUGGAAGACCAGAGCUGUGGUGUUCAGUCUUUUGCUGCCUUCCUGAGCCAUCCUGAAGCAGACAACCAUAAACACUUUGUUUCUUUCCUCAGCUUCUGUUCUCAUUUUGAAGGAGAUGUGCGGGGGUGUGUUUGAAAAGUACUAUAUUGUAAWGUUGAGUUUUUCUGGAAGUGUAAUUUUGAAGUUUCACUUCAUUGACUCUAGACCUCCCCCAGUCAGUUUCUAAAUGCUAGGCUGGUUUUGUAUCCUUUUCUCCAGUACAAACAUCUUACAUUGUUACUCAGGAAUAAUGAGAAAUACUGUAAAUGKGUUUUUAAGGUCAGUGGAAUUGUUGGAGAGUCCUUUUGUUUUCAGUCCUCUUUUAGGCUGAAAACUGAACACUUUAUCAGCCAAGCUCUCUACUUGCCAGAUUAGAUAAUUUCUGUUUCCUGCCACCUAUAAUUUUGUAAACUUUUUUUUUUUUUUUUUAUGCUUGUGUGAUAAUAUCUGCUUAAGUAUCCUGAAGUUUCCAUGUGUAUUCAACACUACCCACUGCCCUUGUGGGAUCCUUCUGGGGCUUUUGGCAACUGACUAUCCCAGUCAGUGGCAUAGUGUCAGAUGGUCUCAUGUAGAGAGAAUUUUGCUAGCCUGUAACCUUCUGUUUACUUGUCAAUAUGGCUUUAGUUAAAAGCUGUGUUCUGCAUUUAGUGGUGCGGAGUAUUCCCACUAGGCCAGUAGUCCAGGAGGAUUGUUUUUCACUUGAUGCACUGAGUGUUAUUACCAAAUUGAGAAGACUAACAGUUGUAAUCAAGUUUCUUCAACAGUGCCAUUUGUGGGACUGAUUUAAAUGGUGUCAGUUUCUCAAUGAAUUCCUAGUGUUAUUUACUUUUUUUUUUCCUGCCCUUUUUACUUCUCUCUUCAUUCUGAUCAAGUGUGUGCAGAAACCUAGCUGAAGGGGUCCUUCCAUCCCAGGAUUUUGUCAUUACUUGUAUGUGCCUCUCUUACAGGAUAAUUACAUGGUCUUUCAGCAGCAGAUAUGCAUCCUCUUAGGAAUGGUCAUAUUGUCAUUUCAUAAAUUUAUUGCGUUUUCCUGAUGUAAUUUAGUUCUUGCCCAUUUUUUGUGUGUCUGUUCCUCUGAAAGGUUGUUUGUUUGGUGAUUACUUAUUACUUAAAAUAUUUUAUUUCUGUGCCAAAACACUUCAAAGCCUUUUCUUUUUUUGCUUUUUAAGUAUGAAUGGAAAGUAUCCUAGAUCAACUUUCUGUUUGUUAAAAGGAAUGAACUGUUUCUAUAAUCUCUCUAAUCAGCAAUCUUUAACUGUCCUUCAAGGUUCUUUCUAUACAUCUUCCAGUUUGAUUUGAAUGUGCACAAUGCAGACCUGUGUUCAGUAUUCCAGAUGAAGAAAAAUUGCUGUGCUGCUUAUUUUGUAWUUUUUUWAAAUUUUUUUUUGUAAAUUCUGUGCACGUGUGUAUAAUGUAUUUAAUCUGGAGAAUUUAGCUAAAUGAAUAUAUAUUUCAUCCUAUAAAAGGCCAGUUGAUUGGGGGGUGAAGAGGAGUUAAAUAGUCAGAAUUAAUAGAAGAAUGUAAUAGUAUUGUCACUUUGUGGAAAUUAUAUUUAUKAUAUAAUUAUUAUACAAUGGAUUUGAAAAUAUGUAAAUUGUGGUAUAACAAAUGCUUUAAGUGUUGGGAUUUAAUAAAACUUUAUUCUUAUAGCAAGAAGGAUGCCUCUAAUGACCUUUUAUUUUGUACCAGUAUGCAUURUAGCAGUUCAUGCUGAACAGUUUUAACACACUCAACAAAAAUCUACCGACAAUAAACCUGAGUAGUUCUGGAAAAUCUUACACCCCCACUGUUAAGCAAGGCAUGGUGUAAGUGGGAAAGGUGAGGCCAUUAUUAUGUUUGCCUAAAGGCUAUUAGGAGAUAAAGGUGCAGUUUGAAGGGGUGAUGCAGAGAAAAGGACCACUGCAAGGCAAGAAAAAGGUUACUGAGAAAAGUUUUUGGAAGGAGCAGAAGAAAAGGAGUGGUUUGUGGUUCUCAAUUUUGAUACUUAAUCUUUGGGAUAGAGAAGGAGGUGUUCUGUGAUUGAAUGGUUUGAGUAAGAAAGGCUAGAAAAGUUUCACAGGUAGAGGAUUUGUACCCACAUUUGUUUGCUUUCCACAUAAGAAGAAAAACCCUGUUUGUAAAUUUGGAGAAUGAGAGGUUCUU